CCUCCUUCCUCCACCAUUGCUGCGGUCCCCUCGAGCACGUUUGGCGACGUUACUGCGCUCAGGCUACUGCGGAAGGCUUGAGACGUACGACUCGCUCAAUCGUCUCUGCCCAUCGUGCGCGCAUCGUGCCUCGACGUCGCUGAAUACGCGCAGUCGCGUCAGCGCAGCCAGCCCACCUACGGACUGCGGGGGCGCCAGGACCAUCGUCAGCGCCAGUCAUAGAGGCGGCCGCCCUACUACAUUUUGCCAAGCGGACCUCGGGGUGUUCGCCAGCUCUCAGUCCGAGGAAUAUAUUCCCUGCUUUUUCGCAAUAUACUUCCCUCCUUAAACGCGAUUACUCGUCAUCAUGUCUACCACUCUUGCCGAUGUCAACUUACUUCCUCCUAUUACUACAACGCCUUUGGAAGUCAAUCAGCGUCAUCGUAUCCUCGACCUGCCCUCUGAGCUGCUCGCCGAAAUACUUUUCCACACCGACUCAUCGACAUCGGCGACCGACUUGAAGGAUGCCCGAGACCGCUCUUGCCUCGGCGGCGGGCCAGUCGCUGCGAGUCAGGUAUGCAGCCUCUGGCGUCAGGUUGCUCUGGCGUACCCGAACCUCUGGUCUCGCAUACGCGUCACCGUCGUCCCCGGCGAGGACGCGUCCAGCGCCAUCAUACAAGCCAUCGACGGGCGCAUCGCGCGCGCGGGUGAGCAUCCGAUCUCUAUUGAUUACGUCGAGAUUGGCAGGGUUGGACCUCGCUCACCUCUCGUGCGCCUGAUGGAAUAUAGUCACCUAUGGGAGUCCAUAUCGCUCACCCUCACACAUACGCCGCUGUCAUAUCUCGCGUCCCUGCACGGCGCGCUCCCCCGCCUCCGCACCGUCAACAUCACCGCCAACCUCGUCUGCGCCUUCUGGAUGGGCGAGCGCUCAGAGGUGCAACGCGUCUUCGCCGAGGCACCCCUGCUCUCCUCCUUCGCCUACCGCGUACCCGGCAGCGGCGCGGUCGAGCUGCCCUUCGUCCUCCCCUGGGAGCAGCUCCUGCAUUACUCCGGCCCGCUCUUCACUGUCGCCAACCCGCCCCGCUACGCGCGCUCCCUCCUCAAGCACGCCCAGGUCCUCGCCGCCUCCGAUGUAACGUCCUUCACCUCAUGGGCGCGCACCGAGCUCCCUGCCCUCCGCGCGCUCAGCGCCUACGUCCAGACCUUCUCCGGCCUCGUCGCGCCCGCCCUCACCGACCUUCGCGUGCGCGGCAGCCUCAUCGGCACAGACGUCGGGCGGCUCCUGACGUUCCUCAAUCGCUCUGAGUGCAAGUUGCGCAAGCUCGCCAUGUACGCCGUCCUGCUAGGCCCGCAGGCCGACACGCUUGUCGAAGCGUGCGGCGCGGUGGAGGAGCUAGUGUGCGCGGCGGGACGCGAGAGCAACGCGUGGGUCGGCCGCCUGCCGCGUCUGCGUGAGCUCACGCUCAUUAUCGUCACUCACCCGGCUGCGGGGGCGGGCGAGGUGCCCGGGCUGUCGUAUCUCGUCGAGUCGGGGGCCCUGGCGGAGAUCGUGCGCACGAGGGAGGAGAAACAGCCGCAGCUGUCGAAGGUCGACUUGUGGCUGAACGAAGAUUGCCAGGACGCGUUGCGAUCGGAGGCUGCCUCGGAGCUGAAGCGCGCGGGCAGUGAGAGUGGCGUUGAGAUUACUUUCCAUCUGUACAAGGGUGAGCGCAGCGCUCUCAUGGACCGUUGGAUGGACGUGUGAUUAUAUUGUAUGGCGACUUCGAAGGCAUGUACCACUCGACAACAAACAAAGAACUCCGCUCGCAAUAUUUAUUAGGUAUAAUCGUAUACACAUCAUUCAUCUGAAUCCAGUCACCGCAGAGAGGGAUACGCACUACAGGAAGUCUGACCACCGGUAUGUACAAAGAGCACGUUCUUUGAGUCCGCUAAAUCUCCGGACCUUGCACGCCCGAGUAUACCAGCAAGCGCCUUCCCUGUGUACACCGGGUCCGUGACAAUACCUUCGAGGGUGGCAAGCGACUUAAUGGCAUCUCGAGUCUGGGCAUCCAUCCGACCAUACGCUCCCGCAUGAAAGCGCUCCUCGAUGACGAGCUCGACAUCUGGAUACGGGCCAUCCCCCGUCAGGCCAAUCAGCGACCCAGUAUCGCGCGCAAUGUCCGACAUGAGACGUUGCAGCUCGCCCUCCUCGUCAGGCUUUGCAAGAAC